GGCAGCGGGGAGCGGGGAGCGGCGCCGGUACCGGGCCGGGCCGGGCCGGUACCGGGCCGGGCCGGCGCAGCCAUGCUGAGCCGCCUGGGCGCGCUGCUGCAGCAGGCGGUGGAGGCGCGGGAGCCCAGCGUGGACCUGCUGGAGGCCUUCACUGAGCACUGGAAGGGCAUCACCGGCUACUACCUGGAGGCCACGGAUGAGAGCACCCCGGCGAAGGACACCGACAUCCCCUGGCGCCUCAAACAGAUGCUGGACAUCUUGGUGUACGAGGAGAAGCAGCGGCCGGCGGGGGAGGCCGGGCCGUGCUUGGAGUACCUGCUGCAGCACAAGAUCCUGGAGACCCUCAGCACGCUGGGCAAAGCAGAGUAUCCCCCCGGGAUGAGGCAGCAGGUGCUCCUCUUCUUCAGCAGGGUCCUGGGGCAGGUGCAGCAUCCCCUGCUGCACUACCUGAACGUGCACCGGCCGGUCCAGAAGCUGCUCCAGCUCGGCAGCGAUGCCCUGGGCUCCGGCACGGAGAAGGAGGAGGUGCAGUUCGCCGCCGUGCUGUGCGCGAAGAUCAAGCAGGAUCCCGCCCUGCUGAUGUACAUCCUGGAGGGCAAGAGUCUCCUGAACGGGAAGAGGCCGGCAGAGCUGCCUGCCUGCCCCGAAGGAGAGGGUGGAGAGCGUCCGCAGGGAGCUGCAGCCGGCGUCCCCCCGGCCGGGGAAGCCGGGAUCUCGCCCGCAGCCGAGCCUUCCCCGCCGCGGCGGGAGAGCAACCUCAUCACCUCCUUGGUGGGGCUGUGCAAGAGCCAGAAGAGCCGGGUCGCACUGAAAGCCCGGGAAAACCUGCUCUUCCUCGUGGGGCUCGCCCAGGAGGCCGCCGCUGCCCGGCUGGUGCAGCGCAGCGCCCUGUGCCAGCUGGUGACGGAGCACCUCUGCGACCUGUACUGCGCCGUGCCCGCCUGCACGGACCCCGCCGACAUCCUCGCCCUGGAGAGAGCCAGCUGGAGGUCGCAGGGGGACACUGGCGGCGGCGGUGCCUUCCCGGGGAAGGAGAGCCUGGCGGCGUUCUUCGGCUGGCUGGAUUACCUGGACGAGCUGGCGAGGGACGCGCACCCGGUGGUGGCGGACGCCGUCACCGAGGCCGUGUGCGAGAAGCUUUUCCGGGGCAUCCUGCAGCCGCAGCUCCUGGAGAUGUCCGAGCUCGCCAUCCUCCGGGCGACGGCGCUGCUGACGGGCACGGUGCGGCAGGUCCGGGCGCCCGCCCUGCUCCGCGGCCUCGUGCUCUUCCUGCUGGGGCCGGAGCGGCAGCCCGAAACGCCGGGGGCCUGCCCCCACCUCCUGCGCGCCCAGCUCAUAGAGCACUGCAACCACCUCUCCGACGAGGUGAGCCCGCCGCCGCCGCCGCCGGCUCCCCCUCGCCGCCGCGGCGCUCACCCGCUGCCUCUGCCCCGCGCAGAUCAGCCUGGCCAGCCUGCGGCUCUUCGACGAGCUCCUGCGCAAACCCCACGAGCACGUGGCGUACAGCCUGGCGCUGAGGAACCUGGAGGAGCGCGGCUACCUCCAGCGCGGCCCGCCGGCCCCGGAGGAGCGCGGCGGCCACGAGCCCGACCUCGACGAGGACGCGCUGGAGCUGGAGGAAGACCCGUAUUUCACCGACGGGUUCCCAGACGGCGGCUUCCGGAGGGUGGAAAAGCCUCCGCUUGCGUGCCUGGGGGGAUCGUCCCGCUCGGACGGGCAGGGCCACGCGAACGAGGUUGUGAGCAGGUAGGGCCCGUCCGCGAGCCGCGGCGGAGAGGCGGCUGCGUGGCCGCGCUGCCGCCCCUUCCCUGCCCUCCUCCUCGGCGGCUGCUCCCCUUCCAGCUUCCUGUGCCUGGUGCCCGAAGAGGCCAAGACCUCCUCCCGCGCGGAGGAAGCCGCGUACGACACCUACGUGCACGACGCCCUGGGCACGGUGCUCUUCGACCGCAUGACCCGCAUCCUGGACCAGCCCUACAGCCUGAACCUGCAGGUGACCUCGGUGCUGUCCCGCUUGGCCGCCUUCCCCCAUCCCCACCUCCACGAGUACCUGCUGGACCCCUACCUGAACCUGGCGCCCGGCUGCCGCUCGCUCUUCUCCGUCCUCGUCCGGGUGAUCGGGGACCUCAUGCAGAGGAUCCAGCGCGUGCCGCAGUUCAGGGCCAAGCUGCUCCUGGUCCGCCGGCAGCUGAUGGGGCUGGUGCCCGGAGAGCAGAUCGACCACGCGACGCUCUUCAAGGGCGUCGUGGUGCUGGAGGAGUUCUGCAAGGAGCUGGCCGCCCUCGCCUUGGUCAAGGUCCCGCUGGAGGGGCCCGCCUGAGCGCGGCCGCUGCCCAGCGCCCGCUCCCCUGGCGCGACCUCCUCGUCCGGGCUGCGGUGGCCUCCGGGGACGGCAUGUCUCGAGGGUUGGCAAGCCCGGGGCCAUCGCCAGGCUGCGGCCACGCUGACCCAAAGCAGGCGGGAUGCCGGCCCGGCUCUACAGCCCUCUCGUGGCUCCUGCACGCGGGACGGCGGACUGGCGCCCGUCCCCUGGGUGCAGCGGGGCAGCGGGUCGCGAGGCCAGCGCUGUCCUCCGGUGCGCCUGCUUGCCUCGCCUGGCACCUCCCCGAGGCCGGGCACGGCCGUGGCAGCCCUGCACUGGCCUCCUUUGCACCCAAGGCGCUGGCACAAGAAAUCGGGUGGAGCGGGUGCUAAAUCCCAACUACCUCCCAGCUCAGCUGGAGGCGCUGCCGCCCGGGCCCAGGACCGGCCCCCGGGGAUGCGGCGUGCUGCUUUUCCUGGGGGGGGGGUCUUGCCAACCACUCAAACCUCGGUACAACCUUUUUGGCAAUAAUACUACGUGCGGGCAGGCGCUGCCCUCCCGCGACGGAUCGACCGGCUCCCAGCAGGGCCGUUAGCUGCUCGGCGCGGGGUCCCGGCGGGGGUAAUUACACCGCCCCGACGGGGGUAACUCGACCUCCGCCGCUCCCGGGCACCGUGUGCGCGUUGCUGUGUGUGCGCUUGGUUGUGGCUCCUGCCCGUGGGCGCGAGGGGCCUCGCGGGGACGGCACCCUCGAACCGGCCGUCGGGUCCCCGGCUGCGGCCGGGCGCCGGCUGUGCCCCGCGAGCGCCUUGUCUCUGCCUGCUGCAAUAAAGCCGUGAGCUCAGCACCG